CGCGCGCGAGUCCCGUCGCGCCGAAAAUCAAUAUAGGCUCUACCGUCGUUUUUCUUUCAGCUAUUUUUCCUCGCCUCGUUUGCAGUUUAAUUUUUCCACCCGACCGCGUUCCCGCGCGCCGUCGGUCACACACCGCCAAACAAUAUCUGUCGUCCACUAUCGUCGAAUAUCAUCCGUCUCGUCGUCGACCACCGACGCCAAAAUAUCACACCCGCAGGACACAACCUUGCGGCGGCCAAAACCGACCCGCAACCGAGUCCCCUCAGCUCCGGCGCCGCGCCAGUGUAGUUAGCGUUUUUCAAAUACGCGCGCGAAAAGUGUUUCGAUACAAUACAUAUCAUUAUCAUUAAUAAUUGAAAACGUCGCGCGCGCGUUUCGCGAGGAUCUGUUAAAUCAGCGACACCAGGUGGCGCCCCGUCGUCUCGUUGCCGUCGCGCGCAUAUCGAUUGGGCUUUUGAUCCUUUUCGCUCGUCGUGUCCGCGCUACUAGGUAUACCUUCGCCCGCGCACGAGUGUGUACGUCCAGCGUGUGUGUGUGUGUGUGUGUGUGUGUCUGUGUGUUAAGUACGUAAGUGUGUUUGUGUGUGCGUGCGUGCGUAUUUCCGGAACAUAUUUCCUGCACGUACACGGCUGCCGAUGACAAACGUCUGAACUCGCGGAGCAACGGACUUGUCCAAGUUUGCUUGCCGUACGUACAGUGCGCGGGAGGCGGUACGAACACUGCCCCCACCCCUCGUCGAACGGCAUUAUAAUAUAUUAUAGUCACCGUCGAGUUUCGCACGAGCGUCGUUUGUCAGGCGCACAUCAGCAGCAAAGAUGGCUGGCCAAGACGGUAAAUGGCAGAAGGAAGGGUCCGACCAGAACUUCGAUUACAUGUUCAAGUUGCUCAUCAUCGGCAACAGCAGCGUCGGCAAGACGUCGUUUCUGUUUCGGUACGCCGACGACAGUUUCACGUCGGCAUUCGUGUCCACGGUCGGAAUCGAUUUCAAAGUAAAAACCGUGUUCAGGCACGACAAACGGGUCAAACUUCAGAUAUGGGAUACGGCGGGCCAGGAACGUUACAGAACCAUUACGACGGCGUACUACAGGGGCGCCAUGGGGUUCAUUCUCAUGUACGACAUCACCAACGAGGAGUCGUUCAACAGUGUGCAGGACUGGGUAACACAGAUCAAGACAUAUUCUUGGGACAACGCGCAGGUGAUACUCGUGGGCAACAAGUGCGACAUGGAACACGAACGUGUGAUAUCGUACGAGCGGGGCAAAACGCUGGCCGACGAGCUGAACAUCGAGUUCUUCGAGACGUCUGCUAAAGACAACCACAAUGUCAAGGCCGUAUUCGAACGACUCGUGGACAUCAUAUGCGACAAGAUGUCCGAAAGCUUGGACUCGGACCCGACACUGGUGGCUGGAACGAAGGGCACCAGGCUCACCGAACAGCCGCAGGGUCCGAACAAUCCGAAUUGCAACUGUUAAGAGUCUUGUAAGCGGUUUCGGAUACCCACCACGGCCCCUCGAUAUACUUCAAACAACAAAACCCGUUGCAGCAGUACCGAAACACAAGAAGACAUUUAACAGAAUUAAACACUUAAAACAAAAAAA